UAGUUAUCUGUUAAAGUGGAGACAUCUCCAGAUUCUUAUUUUACUCUAGGUGAAAGUUUAGAUCAGAUUCAAUGUUAAUGCUUCCCCACAGCUGUUUGUGUCUGUUUAAUCUCUCUCUUUUUUUUCCAUUAGGUUAAGGAUUUGACCUCUCUCAGCCUUAACUGUCCCUCAAGGAUUUGCGAAUCUAAUUCCAUUCCUUCUUCUUCUCCUCCUGAGUGGACCCUCUGUUUUUUGGAUCAUGUUGUCUCUCUGGCUUCUUCUACUCUCCUGCUUAUCUCUUCUCUCCAGAAUUUCUACAGAAGAAGGCCUGGAAUUCCCGAGCUUCGAUGGAAAGGACCGAGUGUUGAACAUCAACGAGAGGAACUACAAGAAGGCGCUGAAGAAGUUCGACAUGCUGUGCCUGCUUUACCAUGAACCACUGCCUUCGGACAGGGAGCUGCAGCAGCAGUUCCAUAUGAGGGAAAUGGUGCUGGAGCUGGCUGCCCAAAUCUUGGAAGACCGAGACAUAGGGUUCGGAUUGGUAGAUUCUCAUAAGGAUGCCAAAGUGGCCAAGAAGCUUGGACUGGAGGAAGAGGGCAGCGUUUACGUCUUUAAGGAUGAACGUGUGAUUGAGUUCGAUGGAGAGCUCUCUGCAGACACACUAGUCGAGUUCCUGUUAGAUCUUCUGGAGGAUGCAGUGGAGCUCAUCAGUAACCCUAUGGAGCAGAGGGCUUUUGAGAGGAUGGACGAAGAAAUCCGUCUCAUUGGCUACUUCAAGGGCAAAGAUUCAGAACACUACAAGGCUUUUCAGGGGGCUGCGGAACGGUUUCAGCCUUAUGUGAAGUUUUUCGCCACGUUUGACAAAGGGGUGGCCAAGCAGCUGACUCUUAAGAUAAAUGAAGUGGAUUUCUAUGAGCCGUUCAUGGACGAACCAGUCACCAUCCCGGGAAAACCCAACUCGGAGAACGAGAUAGUGGAUUUCGUCAAUCGACACAGGAGACCGACUCUAAGGAAGCUUCGUGCAGAGGAUAUGUUUGAAACCUGGGAGGAUGAUAUGGAUGGGAUUCACAUUGUGGCUUUUGCUGAGGAAGAGGAUCCAGAUGGGUAUGAAUUCUUGGAGAUACUGAAAGAGGUGGCCAGAGACAACACCAAGAACCCAGAACUGAGCAUCCUGUGGAUUGACCCUGAUGACUUCCCCCUGCUGACCGCCUACUGGGAAAAGACCUUUAAAGUGGACCUGUUCAGACCUCAGAUCGGUGUGGUCAACGUGACAGAUGCAGACAGUGUGUGGCUGACGAUAACCAACGAUGAGGCUCUGCCCACAGCCGAGGAGCUGGAGGACUGGAUCGAGGACGUCCUCUCAGGGAAGGUCAACACAGAAGAUGAUGACCUCGAUGAGGACGAUUUGGAUGAUGACGACGACAACGAGAUCCAUGGCGAUGACUUCAGCGACGAUGACGAUGACGACGACGAUGAUGAUGAUGAUGAUGAUGAUUGAUUGACGGAUAUGUCACUAAUGAUUACUCCAUUUUAUACGUCUGCUGUAGUGUUUAUAGAAUCCAAGUAGAAUAAAAUUACCGGUUGAAGGCAAUAAUAAUAAUAAUAAUAAUAAUAAUAAUAAUAAUAAUAAUAAUAAUAAUAAUAAUACAGUUCCACUGGUGCUGAUAGGAGUUAUGAAGAGAAAAUCAGUAUUUGUAGAUGGGUUUCUAAGAUUAAUAAGUUCAUAAACGUGUUAUGUAAGGCAUGUAGUAUGUUUCAGUAGAACUGCACAGAUUUCUGUAUGAAACUGUUCACUUAGACUCUAAAGAGCAAGAUACAUCAAAUCUACUUCUUCUUAAAAAAUGCUUCAUACAAUCAGGAAUUAAACUCAAU